CUUCUCUCUCUCUCUCUCUCUCUCUCUCUCUCUCUCGUGAGCAUGUCUGUUCCAGAAGAUUGCUGUCUUUCUUUGCUUUAGCUCAAUAUCCCUUUUAAGUUCUACCUGCACUUAAUUUGCUCUUCUUCAAAGCAUACACACAGAACAAAGCUUUCUACAUAUUCUUUGGAAAAAAAGAAGCAAAUCUCCCUCAAAUAUCUUGAAACUCGAAAGAAAGAAGAAACCCACUUGCCAAUAUCACCUCCAACUUUUUUUCUUUUUAAUUGUUUUCUUCAACUUUCUUCAUUAACAAGUUGGAUUGAGCAGGGAAACAAAAAGCAGAAAAGAAAAGAGAGCCACUAUUUGUUUUGGUAAAGUAGUGAAUUAGAAAAUGCCCUUGGAAGGGAUUUUCAUUGAACCCUCUUCAACAACUACUUCUCCACUUCCCGAUCUUUCCCUUCACAUUAGUCCUCCAAACACUUCCUCCUCCUCUUUAUCAAUUUUCAAUACCACUUCUGGCGAACCCCAAAUCUCCACCACUAAUUCCCAAGCACACACUGAGCUCUCUCUAGGGAGACGCUUCACCGGUGGAGCUCAUGAAGAACCACCACAAAAGCCUUAUCAUCAUCAUCAACAACAAAGUCUUCCUCUUUACCGUUCUAGCAAUCACCUAAGUCACAUAAACAAUGGCGUUUCGCUACUCGAUGUGUCAUCAUCGGAGGGUUUGAGGCCGAUUAAAGGGAUUCCGGUCUAUCAAAAUCGUCCAUUCCCUUUUUUGCCGACGGAAAAUAUGAUUCCAAGAGAUCAUCCCAAGGAUUCCAAGGUGUGCUUCUACCAAAGGCCUCCGCCUUCCUAUAAUCUUCCUUCUUUGCCUUCUGCCUCAUGCUCCUCAAAUACGCCGUCUACGCCUUAUUUUGGAGGAGGCUUGGAUCCUAUGUCAAGGUUUAAUGGGUUCUCAUCAAUGGAUCCCUUCAAAUCCAGCAACCAGUUGCACCACCACCAUCAUCUUCAUCAUCUUCAUCACAAUCAGUAUGGAAUUGGAGGAGUUGGACCAAUUUCUGAGGCUUCCCAUCAUGGUAUCAUGAGAUCGAGGUUUUUGCCGAAGCUACCGACAAAACGAAGCAUGAGAGCUCCGAGAAUGCGGUGGACAAGCACCCUUCAUGCUAGAUUUGUUCAUGCUGUUGAGCUUCUUGGUGGCCAUGAAAGAGCUACUCCAAAGUCAGUUCUUGAGCUCAUGGAUGUCAAGGAUCUCACACUAGCUCAUGUCAAAAGCCAUUUACAGAUGUAUCGAACUGUUAAGACCACUGACAAGCCUGCAGCUUCUUCAGACGGAUCUGGUGAGGACGACAUUCUCUCUCCAAUUGGCAGUGCCACUGAUCUUCAUGGCCUGCGCAGUCCUCAUCAAUUUCCAGAGCAACGUGGACCGUCCGAUCGGUCCUCGGUGCAGCCAGACCUCGACUACACUUCCAGCACCACUCUUUGGAGUAACUCUUCAAGUAGUAGAGAGGCGUUUCCGCAUACUAGUUCUCAUGACAUGGACGGGUUAACACCAGUAUCUUCCCAAUUGCAGAAAAUAUCUGGUCAUCAAAUUCAGGAAUGUGAUUCAACAACUCAACUGAAGAGCUAUUUGGGAUCUAAUUUUGAGACCAGAAACCCAAGCUUGGAGUUCACGUUAGGCAGACCGGACUGGAAUGGCAAACCACAUGACUGAUUCAAUCUCUACCUCUUCAUUGUUUAUUUUCUCUCUUGGAAACAGAAGAGUGUUUGGUUUAUUUGAGUGGAUAGAAAUUCUUUUUAGGGUUGUGAGUGGCUGGCUAUAUAUAUAUAGCUGCAGUUUCAUUAGUCCUUUUAACUGGGAGAAGCGGGAAGAGAAGAGAAAGAAAAGAAAGAUGUAUAGAGGGGAAGAAAAUUCACAUAACAAUGGUGGGUUAGUUCACCUCCUCAAUUGCAUAUAUCCCAGACCAUCCACGUCAUUCUCAAGACUAGUGGGAAUUUUCUGGGUGAGAACCUGGUGAACCCGGCUUCGGUUGCGUGUAAGCAUGUUAUUGUAAGUUGGAGAGGAAGAUCAUGAUUUUUGUGUUUGAUAAAUGAGAGUUUACAACAUCAUACUUGUAAAAGUUGGCAAUGGGGUUGUCAUAAAAAAAAUGAACAGAGUAUGUAUUUCCUCAA